AUGUCGACGGCUGUGCUCGACGCCGACAGCCUGGAGCCGACGCUCCAGUCGAUCCUGGACCAAAAGACGCUGCGAUGGAUCUUUGUGGGCGGCAAGGGCGGCGUGGGCAAGACGACAACCUCGUGCUCGCUGGCCAUUCAGCUGGCCAAGGUGCGCCGCUCCGUGCUGCUCAUCUCGACCGACCCCGCGCACAACUUGUCCGACGCCUUUAACCAAAAGUUUGGCAAGGAGGCCCGCCUCAUUGACGGCUUUGACAACCUCAGCGCCAUGGAGAUUGACCCCAACGGCAGCAUCCAGGAUCUCAUGGCCGGCCAGGGCUCCGACACUGGCAAUGAUGCCCUGAACGACCUUGGUGGUGGUAUGGGUGGUAUGAUGCAGGAUCUUGCCUUUGCUAUUCCCGGUAUCGACGAGGCCAUGUCCUUUGCCGAAGUCCUCAAGCAAGUCAAGUCCCUGUCGUACGAGACCAUCAUCUUUGAUACCGCGCCCACGGGCCACACGCUGCGCUUCCUGCAGUUCCCCUCGGUGCUCGAAAAGGCCCUGGCCAAGGUCAGCCAGCUGUCGUCGCAGUACGGCCCCCUGCUCAACGGCUUCCUGGGCGCCAACGGCAGCCUGCCCAACGGCCAGAACCUCAACGAGAUGAUGGAGAAGCUCGAGGGUCUGCGCCAGACCAUUUCCGAGGUCAACACGCAGUUCAAGGACGAGAACCUGACGACGUUUGUCUGCGUGUGCAUUGCAGAGUUCCUCUCGCUCUACGAGACGGAGCGCAUGAUCCAGGAGCUCGCCAGCUACGGCAUCGAUACCCACAGCAUCGUGGUCAACCAGCUGCUGUUCCCCAAGGCCGGCUCCGGCUGCGACCAGUGCAACGCCCGCCGCAAGAUGCAGAAAAAGUACCUCGACCAGAUCGAGGAGCUCUACGACGAGUUCAACGUGGUUCGCAUGCCCCUGCUGGUCGAGGAGGUCCGUGGUAAGGACAAGUUGGAAAAGUUUAGUGAUAUGCUCGUACACCCUUACGUGCCGCCCGAGUAA